CAAGCCACCGUCGGGCGGGCAUUCCUUUAAACUUGGCGUCAAUCUGGCAGGCACGAAGCAGAAAUGUCGGAGAAGUCGGAGGAACUGAUGGACUUUGAAGAAGAGGAGGUGGAGAACGCGUCCCAGUCUUCACAGGUGGAGGACGCAUCCCAGUCUUCCCCGGACCGUCGUGAAGUCUAUGGACAGGGCCUUCUUCGCGACAUCGAGGCGGCCCGCCCCAAGGCUCUGGCUGCGGCUUACCGCUCGGGCAGCAUCACCCUCCGGGACAUUGUGGACGCGGCCCGCCUUUCCUCCCCCCACCCCCUUGCCGUCCCCACUGUUGACUUUGACCUAGACGAGGAGGAGUUCGUGGAGAUGUCUAACGAUGAAGCCGACGCGUGGACACAACUUCAGACCAUCUUCAACCAGCGGCUGCAAGCUGAGCUCGACCAGGCGGCGGAGGACGCGGAGCAACGGGCCCGAGAAGAGGAGGCCGCUCGGAGGGCUCGGGAGCUAACAGCUCAGCGGGAGAGGGAGGAAGAAGCUGCGCGGGCCGUGCAACGGGAGCGGGAGCGCGAGGAAGCGGAGAGGCGCGCGAUAGAACAGCGGCGAGCGGCCAGGAGGCAACUAUACAACGACACGGUGAAGGCUCGCCACGAGUUCGAAGAGAGGAGGAAUCGUCUUCGCCCCGUCGAGACAUCGGCCGCUCAGCCCCCCCCCCCGUGUUGCCUGCCUCCUCUGCUCCUCGCCGGGUCGUCACCUCUCCGCGUUCGCCCAGCCCCGACGUGUCGCCGUCUCAGAAGGCAGCAUCGACGCAUCCACGACCUGCUACGAGCUUUGAGGUCACCCUCGACAACCCACGGUCAGCAGCCACAUCCCCGCUCUACUACCAAUUCCUUGCUGCCGACGUUGCCUUUCUCGGUCGCCCCCUCGAUACGCCAGCGGCAGACAUCUUCUUUCACCAAGAGGACGAACACGAGGCUCGCUGGAUUUUAUCGGCGGCACAGGGCACCGCCGGUCCUUCCUUCCCGGACUCCAGGGCGUCCUUCGCGUGCGUCUUCAAUGAUUGGUAUCUGGGAACACUCCCCACCCCCGCCGGUAGCGAAGGUGGGAGAGCUCGCGGGGAUCGGCACUCACGCCAACGCCGGAGCCGGAGCUGGAGCCCCCGGAACGGCCGUCGCGACCAUCGCCGAGAUGACAGACAUGACAGGUCGUCAUCGUCUCGACUCACCAGCAGCCGGAGCCGGAGCCCGGGCCGGAACAGGAGCCGGGAACCACUCAGGGCGGGCGGUCGUGGUCGCAACAGGGGGGGACAGGAAGAACGGAAGUCCAACCAAGGAAACAGGCAAGUGAGGUGUGAUCGGGACGAUUUUCGUAGCUCGGGAUUGUUGGGAGAAGACAAAGAAGCUUCGGAGGACGAUUCUCUUGGUUUUUCCCCUCACGCUCCUCGUGCGCCUGCUGUUAGAGCCGCCCCUUCCAUGCAUUCUCUGGCGUUCAAGUUAGCCAACAAACAACUCCGAGAUCAUUCAGUUGCUGUGAAAGGUUCUGUCCCGCCCCUUGUUGUUCAAGACCCCCCCGUGCCUUCCAUGCCUCCGAGAGACCGUGCUGAUUCGUCACACCGUACGCCCUCACAAGCGUCUACUUCCGCUUCCCGUACUGGAAUGCUGUUGGAACAAGUACUUUCGCUCCUUCGAUCCCAAACGCCGGGCCAUGUUGUUGAUGCCGACGCCAACGCCGAUGUGCAACCGCUUGCGCCUCAACCAGCACCUAGACCGUCGCUUGCCUCAUCUAUUUCGCCGCGAACGGAGUUGGUCCCGGGGCGGGGCCAUCCUUCGAUUUUUUCUGACGCUACAGUAGGCACAGGGACACCUGCAGGACUCGCAUCCAUCAAGGCGCAGGAGGCAUCGCGUUCGGAGGAGAAGAUGGCGGUUCCAGUCGCCGCGGCCUCCCUCUCGCAACCUUUGCAGGAGCCCCCUCCCCCCCUUCAGCGUGUGUCUCUUACGUCUCAACCCGUCCUUACAGCUGACACCGUUGUCUCGAGGCCAGGGCAAGGCGCAUCGUUGCAGGCCCAGGACGACGCUGGUUGGCCUCUCUCUUCCACGGGAGCACGAGCGAGACAAGACGCUUUGGAUGCUGCGGACGCCUCUGCAGCGGAGGCUGACAUCAUUCGCAUUCAAGACAAGAUGGACAAGCUCAAGCCGGAUUCCCUUGACAGUAUUACUCGCUUUCCCCUUGGCCCCGACCCUGAUGAAUUUGCUCGCUUCGCGUCUAGCUGCCAGGCGGUGGUCAUCGAAAUUCUCGACAAAAGCGAUGUCAAGAAACAGCAGACUUUCACCUCCCCCACCUGGGUCCGCGGAUGGCUUCCUUUGUUGCGCAAACGUGUUCGCUCUGCGGUUCUUGAAGGCCAAACCACCAACCGUGCCACCAUGGAAUUCCUCGAUGCCACCUUUCAGCAGGUAGAAAAUCAUCUGCGCAAGGAACCAG